AUGAGCAUUAACUACAGUAACAACAUCUCGGGAUAUCUUAAAACUAACAUUGAAGAAGCGAAAAGUAUAAGAGAAGUGGAAAAUCUACAAAAAUUAGACUCAGUUUUUGUGGUUAAAUAUCACGACUCGUGGAUCGAAGGCAAACACCUCUACAUACAGAUGGAGUACUGCCCGCAAACACUCAGAGAUAUACUGAAAGACAAAUUACAAGUAUUUGUGAGACAAACCACAGAACCGAUGAUUAUUUACGAGUAUUUUAUUUUGUGUGAAAUAUUUCGGGAACUUUUGCAAUGUAUUGAAUAUAUCCAUGGAUUAGACCCUCCAAUCAUUCACAGGGAUAUUAAACCUGAAAAUAUAUUAAUAUUAUACAAUGAAAUAAAUAAAACAUUUAUUAAACUGGGUGAUUUUGGUUUGGCCAUUGCACACGAAAGGCAAUCCCAAAGUCACACUCGAGGGGCGGGAACUCCGAAAUAUAUGGCACCCGAAGUGUUUGACAAUAGGAAAUAUGAUAUUAAAGCAGAUAUUUAUAGUUUGGGAGGUAUUGGACACGAAAUGUUUGAAAUAAAUCCAGUUGGUAAAGAAAAAUACAUUUCGACCAUAUUUUCGGCUAAAUUUAAUCGUUUAGAAGAUAUCUUAAGAUCAAUGACUGAAUACACGACUAGAAAACGGCCGACAAGUGCUGAAGUACUCAAUGACUACAACCAGUGGUCUAUCGAUACUAUGACUAAAGAAAAUAAAAGUAUGCGAGAAGUGGAAAGUUUGCAAAAAUUAAACUCAGUUUUUGUAAUUAAAUAUUACGACUCGUGGACCGAAGGCAAACACCUCUACAUACAAAUGGAUUACUGCUCGAUAACACUCCGGACUGUACUUAAACAGAAAAAACAAGUAUUUGUGAGACAAUCGUCAGAACCGAUGAUUAUUUACGAGUAUUUCAUUUUGUGUGAAAUAUUUCGGGAACUUUUGCAAUGUAUUGAAUAUCUGCAUGGAUUAGACCCUCCGGUCAUUCACAGGGAUAUCAAACCCGAGAAUAUAUUAGUUUCAUAUAACGAGACGACGAAUACAUUCCUAAAAUUAGGUGACUUUGGUUUAGCUGUUGAACACGAGAGACAGUCUCAGAGUCACACUCGAGGGGCGGGAACUCCACAAUAUAUGGCACCUGUAGAUCAUCUCAAUACUAGAUAUGACAUAAAAACAGACAUUUAUAGUGUGGGCGGUCUUGUACACGACAUGUUUGAAAUCGAGGAAUUUGAUAAACAUAAAUACAUUUCGACCACAUUUUCGGCUCAAUUCAAUCGAUUGGAGGAUAUUAUUGGAUCAAUGACUGAUUAUUCGGCUGAUAAACGGUCGACAAGUGCUGAAUUAUUUCAUGUUUUCAAUGACAUCAAUGGCUAUAAUGUAUUGUUUGUGACAAACGAUGAUAUGGUUUACGGCAUGGGAUCUAAUUAUUACGGAUCACUUGGUUUGGGACACAAUAGGGCUGUCAAUACACCACAUAUUAUACCAGAAUUAUGUCAACAAAAUAUUCAGCAAUUUAUUUGUGGAAUGGAUUUUGUUUUAUCCAUUAAUGACAACAACUGUAUACACGGGUGGGGCUCUAAUGAUAGGGAACAGUUAGCCCGAUCACUCACUAAAGAUUAUUUAAAGCCAAACAUCAUAUCAUUGCCUAAUAAUCCUGUUAUCCGUGAUAUUAGUUGUGGUUUUUAUCACUCACUUGUGGUCACCGGUGAUGACUGCGUCUACGGAUGGGGUUUUAAUAGAUACGGACAGAUGGGUUGUGGAGAACAGCACUCGAAAUCAAUCGAACAUAAUAAAUACGAUAACAAUAUAAUAAACGAAAUGAACAAAUUGUCAAAUAUUUGUACCAAAAAUGUGGUCCAAUAUAUCAGUACGUGGUUUGAAGAUAACAGAUAUUACAUACGAAUGGAGUUGUGUUCACACAGUUUACGGACAGUACUGUCACUCAAAGGCCCGGCAUUUGGCCGCCGAUCGGCCGAAGAGGCCAUGAAUUCGUCGGAGUUUUUUAUUUCGUGUCAAAUAUUCGCAGAACUGUUGAAAUGUGUCCAACAUUUGCAUGAUUUGAGUCCAGCAGUGAUUCACCGAAACCUCAAACCCGAGAAUGUGUUAAUCGGAGGCAAAGCCGGGAAUUUUCAUGUCUUUAAGAGUUUGUCAGACAAUAGAAAUCCCGAAUAUUUAUCGCCCGAAGAAACUGACGGACAAACUGUUGAUUACAAGACAGAUGUUUACAGUGCGGCCAAAAUCGCACAAAACAUAUUUGAUAUACAAUUAACGCCUAAAUUGUGA